CGCGGAGCCGGUUGCCAACACUAUGAAUAGAACCAAAACCCAGGUCAAGGCGCAUGAGGAGAGGAGCGAGACGCGAAUGUCUCUUUAGGCAGUUUUCCCAAGGAGUUUGCGCGAGCGUUACGAGCAUUCGAUUUCGAUUCUAUCGCAAUAUGGCCGUAUCAUCGUACACGCGGUGGCCACUUCCGACUACUCACCAAACUCGUGGAUCACACAUCAAUCAUACGGUACUCGCGAUAUUGGCAUAUAUGCUGUUGACAAAAGAUGGUACAAGUAUUUCCUUGACUCAUCAUUACACGAAUGAUGUAAAUUAUUAUGAUACAACAAUUAACAAUAGUGGUAAUAUAAAUCCUAUAGAGAAAUUUUAUUUAAUCAGUGAACAGAAGUGGCAUAAGGAUACAGUAGUGCCAAUUUCCUUAUUGCCAUUUACAAAGGGAAUGCCUGCGAGAUCUCAUCACAGGAUCCGGCAGUCCAUGACUGGACUGGAUGAUGCUGGAAUGGAUCUCCAAGUGGCUCAACUCAGCAGUCAAACAGACAAGGGGAUACAUUCCAGGACCGCUCUAUCAUGGCUAGAUUGGCAAUUGCCUUUCUUUGUGACACUUUUUGUCAUCACUGGCACUAUUCUUUUUACAUUUCUAAUCUUGUUAUGGCUGCGGAAACAAAUGUCGCGUGAAAAAGAUACUGAAGAUGGCGAUCGGCACGAUUUAGUAGAGGAAGGUGCCAUUUGCCAGUCAGAUAAGUUUAGUAAAGACACAAAAGGAUCUGUGGAAGCCAAAUGGGUUCAUGAAGUAUUUGCAAAGCAAUCUACAUCCACGCAAUCACUACAACCAGUUCAAGCAUUAGGUUUACCAGAGGUGAUGUCCGUCGCAACACCUGAACGUAGACCGGAAGCGAUACGUAUAAAAGCGAAGGGAUUGUUGGAACGACGUGGAUCGAGCACAAGUUUAACCAUAGAAUUAGCAACAGCUCCUGAAAGUCCACCACAUAUGGUUACUCCCACUCGAGAAUGUACGGCGGAAGAAUUUUUACUAAGCGCGGGAAAUGUAUUGUCGAGAACUCAACUGAAAAAAGCCGUUAAUGAUCCAUCAACAUUGUACAAAGAAUUUUGGGAGGUACCAUUAAAUCUCCCGGAGAAAGUGGACGUUUGCGGUUCAGGAGUGAAGAAUCGAUAUUGCUCCGUUUUGCCCAAUCCGCAAUCAAGAGUGAUUCUACCAGGUUUCUCCGACGAUCCUCUUGCCGGCUACAUAAAUGCCAACUACAUUCGUGGUUACGACGGCGAGGACGGUAGAUACAUCGCGACACAGGGACCAUUAGCUCACACGAUAGCGGAUUUUUGGAGAAUGAUCUGGGCAGAAAAAGUUCCUGUAAUUGUCAUGAUAACUAGAUUGCAUGAAGCGUCUAAAGCCAAGUGUGACGCAUAUUUUCCCUUUGACGUAAACAACCGUAUACAAGCUGGAUCUUUCACCAUUAUUGUCAACUAUGUCGAUAUGAAGAACGGAUAUACCAUCAGAACUAUGGAAAUCAGGCAUGAAGGAGAAAGGAGGCAUUUGCAGCAUUACUGGUACGAUUCAUGGCCAGACCAUGCCGUACCUCAAACUGCAGAUGCGCUCGUUAGCAUGGCUGCGGAAGUAAACUCUUUACCAGGGCCAACGGUCGUUCACUGCAGUGCGGGUAUCGGACGAACCGGCUGUUUUAUAGCGUUAGCGAUAGGAAUGAUUCAACUCGUGAGAGAUGGAAAUGUCGACGUAUUGGGUAUUCUAUGCCAAAUGAGAUACGACAGAGGAGGGAUGGUACAAACAGCUGAACAAUAUGAAUUUCUUCAUAGAGCACUUUACCUUUUUGAGCAGACGUUAGACGGUAAACCAUCGACUUCGAGCGAUUGAAUGGAUAUUAUUUUAUAAUAUUCUUUUCCCUUUUUUUUUUUUUUUUUU